CAAGCCUCUCUCAUCACUCUCAAGUGGGUGGUUUCUCUUCUUUUUCAAGCUCUCUCUUUCUCGUUGAUCUCUUCGCGUGUUGUCAGAGAGAGCGAGAGAGAGGAGAGGAAUCAAAGAAAAAGAUGACGAAACAGAAAGGCCGGAGCCUGAGCCUCUUCAUAUGCCUUUGCGUUGUGGUGGUGGCUCAGAACUUGGUCGUUCCUGCGGCGAGUGAGGCCAGCUUCGAGGACAAGAAGAACUACUACACUCCUGACCCUCGCAUUGGCACUCCUCCUACAGUUCCCCGCGUAAGUCCACCCCGCCGGACUUCGCCGCCGCGCGGGCACGUAGGCACGCCGCCCUACCAUGUGACCCCCACACCACCAACCGGAAACUGCGGAAACCCGCCGCCCGUCCCGACGCCAUCAACUCCUCGCGGCGGUGGCGGAUCUUACUAUAACCCACCCCCAUCAACUCCUGGCGGCGGCGGAUCUUACUAUAACCCGCCCCCAUCAACUCCUGGUGGUGGUGGUGGCGGCGGCGGAUCUUACUCUAACCCCCCGACUUCAGGUGGCACUCCACCAACUCCGGUGACUGUCUCCCCACCGACCACCCCCAUUAUUAUUCCGGGUACCCCCAGCGCUCCCACCAUUCCUACGCCCCCGUUUGAUCCGAGCUCGGAUCCCUUCACCGGGACAUGCAACUUCUGGAGGACCCACCCUACGGUGAUCUGGGGCUUGGUAGGGUGGUGGGCCACCGUGGGCGGCACGUUCGGCAUCACCAGCAUGCCCGGUUUCCCGGCGAACCUCAACUUGAUGCAAGCGCUCUCCAACACCCGGAACGAUGGCCUGGGCCAGCUUUACAGAGAAGGAACAGCUUCGUUCCUCAACUCCAUGGUCAAAACCCGGUUCCCUUACACCACCCACCAGGUCAGAGAGCACUUCACCACGGCGGUUGGCUCGAACUUGUCUGCGGCAGCUCAGGCCCGUCUCUUCCGGCUCGCCAAUGAAGGGCAUAUGAAGCCCAGGGAUUGAAAUGAACCAUAGCUGUGGAAAGACCUUUCUUUGAUGUUUCUAUGAAGGAUUGUUGUAUCAGCAGUUUGUGCGUCAAUUUGUGGUUUUUUUGUGGAUUGUUGGUUUGCUUUAAGCUUUAUUUCGGGUGUUAUAGAGCACUGAGAUGGAAAGUUUGUGGACAUUUUUAAUGCUUAAUGAAUGUUUUUUCUUCCAA